AUGCUGGACUCCUCUGUGACAGAUCAGAUGGCCCGACUUAACCUAAAACUCUUGGAGAAGAAACUGGAGCAGGAGCGUGAGGAUUUGGAAGGGGAUUCUGAGGAGCCUCACCUUCUGCCAGGACACAAGGACAGGCCGGACGCAGCCCUGCAGAGCUCUCUGAGGAAGAGGAAGGACCUUCUGCAGAGACUCUUGGAACAACACCUCCUGGAAGAGCUCUCCGCUGCCCACACCUGUGCCUGCAGGAGGCCCAGCAGAGGAGCCCAUGGCUCAGCGCUGCCCCCAGAGGUGCCCCCUGGCAUCUACACCGCAGCCUCCCCGCCCCCACCAGCCCUUGAGCUGCCUCGGGUGAUCGCACACUCGGUCCCCCAGCCUCCUGCCACCAUCAUUCAGCAGCUACCUCAACAGCCACUCAUUGCACAGAUUUCCCCUCCCCAGGCCUUCACAGCUCAAAGGUCAGGAAGCAUUAAGGAAGACAUGGUGGAGAUGAUGCUGCUGCAGAAUGCACAGAUGCACCAGGUCAUCAUGCAGAACCUGAUGCUCCAAGCCGUGCCCCCAAUGGCCCCUGGGUCCUCCAGGGGACUGCAGUCCACACCCCUGCACCCCAUCCUGCAGGACCCGCAGCGGGCUCACCAAACCAUUCUGCGAGCAGAGAGGCAGAAGCCACCCUCUGUGCACCACCACCACCACUAUGCACCCCCAGCCCCGCUGCAGGCUGGUUUUGCACCUGGUUCACCUGUGGCUUACUCUAUGUGGCCCACGGUGGUCUCAGCCACUGCCCUCCCACCUGCCACCAACUUCCAACCCACCAUGCACCACUUGGUCGUCCCCUCUGCUGCUGCUGCUGCUCUUAACACGUAA